AUGUUCAGACCCACUGCUCUCCGUCUCGCCGUAAGGCGAACUCCCUUCCUCAUCACCAGCUCCGGAGGAGGAAGUGGGAACAAUCAGAUGUAUAUCGUUCUUGGAGCAAUCAUCGCACUAGGCGCUGGAGGUUACUGGUACCUCAAACCCAUGCGUGAUGUGGCAAGCAUGGCUCAUGGAACUAUGAAGUCCGCCCAAGAACAGGCUGGAAAGCUUUCCGAUACAGCGGGUGGAAUGGCCAAAGCUUACCUACCUCCCGGAGCGUUCGCGCUGUAUUCAAGUCUCGCCUCUCAACCCGGGGGCAUCAACGGCUUCCUCACCUCCUUGAAAGACAAAGAUCUGAAGGGAGUCAUUGAGGAGGUAAAGAAGGUCGGAGGUGAUGAUUUGAAAAGGAUCGUCGAGAAGGUGGAGAAGCGAGUGAAGGACGCCGAAGGAAAAGUGGAGAAGAUUGACUGGCAAAGUUUGGCCAAGGAGCUGAAAGAAGAGAUACCCAAAGACAAGCAGCAGUACGUGGACAUGCUGAUCGGUCGACUGCCGAGCAAAGAGUCGAUAGAACAAUAUGUCACCAAGGCCAAAGAGCUGGGAGAGCAAAAGUUGAAAGAGGUGGAAACGUCCGCGAGCAAGAUUCUGGCACAGGUAGAGAAAGCGAGGAAAGAGGGUAGAGGUCAAGCGGAUGCCUUCAUCGCAGGACUGAAGCAGGCGGCUCCUGCCGACGUGGACGACUUGAUCUCUAAACUCAAGGACGUCGCAAAAUCAGCCGGUCUUCCGGCAGAUACAGCUGAAGUAUGGUUGAAAGCAAAAGCAGAGGAUGGAAAGCUCAACGCGGAGCAGCUGGGCAAGCAGUUUGAAGAUCAGCUGCGUGACGCGGCCAAUGCCAUUCCGGGCGAGCCCAAAGAGGUGAUAAGUCAAGUUGAGAAGCUGUCUCCAUCGAUCGCCAAGCUUUUAUCACAAGCGUUGCAGCAAGUAGGGAUAGUGGAUGAGCAAGGCAACAGGAAGAAGUAA